AUGUAUUUACUCGAAGCGAUACAAAUCAUAUUUUAUGUCGUACCAAUUCACCACCUGGUAAAUUAACACUAGAGAGAAGUAAUACGGAAUCGAGUUUAGAAUUUGUGUCAACUUUCCAUCGUUUCUGCUGUACUUCGGUUAUGCGACCAACAAUUACGUCUCCUAUUUCACCUUGAUAACGUGCUUUUAAAGGUCUUAUCGAUAUAAGUUUAUUUACUUUUUCUAAAACACCAGCUACAGAUGCGCGUAAUGUGUUUUCAUCGUCCACGUAUGUUCCGUGUCCUCUGAUAAAAUUAUAUGAUAAGUGAAUUUUUUCUUUUCGUUUUAAAUAAAUAGAAAAGAUGUACGCAUUUACCUCAAAAAAUCAGGUUGGCUAGAAAUUUCUUCUCCUGGAGUAUAAAUUCGAGGUUGUACAUUUUCAUUCUUUAUUAAAUUUAGAUCGAUUCUAUUUAUUGCCAAACGUACAAUAACAGGUGGAUAUUCUUCCAUUACGGGCAAUAUUUAUUUACUGAAUAAAAUACUUAUACGUUAUACACGUACAUUUGAGAUGCACGAAGUACGAUGGCAUGGAACAUGCCGUUGUAAGAAUUGCCAUUUGCUUGUUAUAAAUUAAUUGUAUGCUGCGUGUGUUUAAGUAACGAUAAAUGAUAUAUGUUUAAGUAACAGUAAAUAACGUAAUGGAAAGAUGAUAAAACGUUUAGAAAAUUAACGUUUAUUAAAUUUUUAAUUUAAUUUCAAAUUUAAAAAUUAAUACAUCGAAAGGAAUAAUAUAUUUAAAUAGAUAAAAUAUCGUUUGAAAAAUGUUGUCUAAAACUAUGAUAAAUAUAUGCCUAUAAAUGCUUUUAAUUGUAAUUGAAAUUUGAUGUUAAAUGUAUCCCUAAAACUAUUCAAACCGAGGAUCUCUAAGACUAUUCGAACCGAGGAUCCCUAAAACUAUCCAAAUCGAGUGUUAUACUGAUAAAAAAAUAACUUGAAUUCUUAUUUUUAUUGCUUAAUUUCUACUCUUUUUGAAUAUGAAUUAAAAUCAGAUUAGAUUUAAAUUAUGUAUUUAACGUUAAACUUCGUAUAAUUAAUUAUUUAUGAUUCUCUUUUCGUGAUAUUUUGCCUUUUUUAAACAGCUGCUUUCAACACGUUAGAGCUUGAACAGUACGUGAGAUACCGAUUAAAUGAUAAAGUAUUGUACGUUAUUUUCAGUAAGCGAAGGAUGAUAAAUUAUAUGUUUAAAUGAAUUUUAAUUUCAUACAUUAGUAAGUACACGUAAUGACAUGAUACGUAUGCGAGUGAAAUAAAUAAUUUUUAUGUUAUUUUGCAAUUAUAUAAAAUCUAAUAUAUAUAUAUAUAUAUAUAUAUAUAUAUCUUUUCAGUAUUUUACAAUGGAAGACUUUAUCCCAACACGAGUAUCGAAAAUAAAAAAGGACGACGUAAAAAGAUUUGUAUUGAUAAAUUAUGAAAAACCAAAGAAAAAAGAAAUUGUUAAAAGUGAAGAAAACAGUGAUGCGCAAAAUCCUAGAUUCGAUGUAACCAAAAACGAAUGGAGUAAAAAUGAUGAUUCGAAGAAACAGAAAUUAGAUAUGAAACGCGUCGGAUACGAGGUUAUGAAAUUUGGCAUGUCUGGUUUCGAGGGAGCAGAAGCAGAAGAAGCAGAAGUUGCACUUGCUGUAAGUUUAGGAGCAAAACCUUCGAAGAAGAAAGGUAUUAAUUAUAAAAUAUUGCAACGUGAGAAAAAAAAUCAUAAGAAAACAUGGCGGAAAGACGUGACAUUAGCAUCAGGUUUUGGAAGAAGUCUAUCGAAUCAGAAACAUAAAAAGACACGUAAGGGCUCCGACAGUUUACUAAAGAUUUAUGGAAAAGUAAAUAAAGAGAUACAAGGUAAAGAUAUUCAUAUUGUGUUCGCUGUGCCACAAUGGAAUGAUUUGGCAUUUAAAAAAUCACACUUUUGCUCGAGGUCAAUCAAAUGCUGCAGCUGUUGGUGCAACUUCGAGCAACAUUUGA